AUGUCAGACGACGGAAUUAAGCAAUUGUUGGAUGCUGAGAGGAUGGCUCAGGAGACCAUCGCCAAGGCCAGACAGGACAGAAAUCAAAAGUUGAAGCAGGCUCAACAGGAGGCCGAGAAGGACAUCAAGCUGUUCAAGGAGUCAAAGGAGAAGGAGUUCAGAGAUUACGAGUCAAAGUUCCUUGGUCAAUCAUCUGCUACCUCUGCAGAUCUCGCUGAGGGAGUCAACAGAGACAUCGAUAUCAUCCGCACAAAGACCGCCCAACACAAGGCUGAGGUAGUCGAGAUGCUGUUGAAGUACACCACCGAAGUGCACCUCGACUAA